AUGUUCACCAGCAUCACGGACGGGCUCCUGUGUUGCCUGAUGGGCAAGACCCCCAACGCCGUGGGUCCCCUGGAGAGCGUCGAGUCCAGCGACGGGUUUAGCUUCGUGGAGGUGAAGCCCGGCCGGGUCCUGCGGGUCAAGCACCUGGCCCCCGCCCGCCCACCGGGGGCCGAGGACGCGCCCCAGACGGCGGGCGUCGUGCGCUGCAAGCGCCGCAUCACCGUUUACCGCAACGGCCAGAUGGUCAUCGAGAACCUGGGCGACGCCGUCCGCGCCGACAUCCUCCACUGCCAGAACGGCUCCGAAGCCAACGGCACAAUGGAGCUGGAGGUCUCGGACGCUGCCAGCGCGGCCACCCCCUCGGCCAACCCCCCCGGUCCCGGCCCUGCCAAGCGCCGCCGACGGAAGCCGAAGAAGGUGGUCAACGUCGACUGCACCAAGUUCAUCACCAGCUGCAAGGGCACCCACAGCGACGUGGUCCUCUUCUUCAUCCACGGCGUGGGGGGCUCUCUGGACAUCUGGAAGGAGCAGUUGGACUUCUUUGCCAAGUUGGGCUACGAGGUGGUGGCCCCCGACCUGGCCGGACACGGGUGCAGUUCGGCUCCACAGAUCGCCGCUGCCUACACUUUUUACGCCCUGGCGGAAGACAUGAGGGCCGUCUUCAAGCGCUACGCUCGGAAGAGGAACAUCCUCAUCGGGCACUCCUACGGGUAAGGGCGAGGGGAGGGUCCCCAACCCCGUUCAUUCCAUUCCGUUGAAUACUGGUUUCAUUGGAGCGGGCCAGGAAUGUGUGUGUGUUGAUUUCUAAAGCUUAUUCUAACCUUCCUCGCAAGGUUGUUCUGGGGAUCAAGUGAGCAGGGAGGGGAGAGCCAUUUCUGAGCUUCACCGCGCCCCGCACACUCCAUUUCACUCUGCCCCGUGUUCCAUCAAAUGUCGGUUUUGCUGUAGGGGAUUUCUGCAGCUUAUUCCAGAACUGGAGGCCAUCCCCUGAGAGCAGGGAGAAUUUAGCUUAGGUAUAUUUCGAAGGGAGCAGUAGGUUGGAGCGUAUGAACCGAAAGGAAAGGAACGUAUCACUGAAACCGUUUUUUAAAUUGUAAACAUAAGGGAAAGAAAGGAGACGGAGAUUGGGAAAUGCAAGCGAGGAAACGCUGUCUUGGCAGCGCAGUGAUAAAAAGGCUGAGAAAAUCAGAAGAGCCCAUCUAAUGCUGUAUUGCGUUUUUAAUAUUCGAUUGGGAGCCGCCCAGAGUGGCUGGGGAAACCCAGCCAGAGGGAUGGGGUAUAAAUAAUGAAUUAUUAUAUUAAUGCAGCCUCCUGCCCCCACAGGGGCCAGAAAGAUGCCCUCAAAGGGAAGCCCCCAAGCAGCAUUCAGGCACAAGGCCUCUCUCUCCCCCUCCAUUAUGGCCUCUGAACGUGGAGGCAGAGCCAAGGGUAGAAAUAUUUGAUGUAAAUGGAUGUGUCCUCUCCCAAGUUCAGACACAAAUUCACAGGUACGCUGCAGGUGACCUGAAUGAAGCUCAUGGACCUUUGGUAGUCUGCAGACCACAGUUUAAAUCAUCAUCAUUUUCAUCCCAGGAAGCCAGGCAUAGGGGCACCUUCUGUUAUUCCCCCCACUCAGGAACGUGAAGGUAGACUGCUCUUGAAAAUGGAGGCUCUUUCAACGCACGUGAAUAGCAGCUUUGGCAAGCUUCCUCCUUUCUGGCUUUAGAUAUGACCCAGCCUACUCAUAACCUGGACUACAAUUCCUAUCAUCCAGGGUGGGCUGCAAACAUCAUCAUCAUCACCAUUAUUCUUAUUAGUAGUAGUAGUAGUAGUAGUAGUAGUAUACCACCUUAUACCUGCAAGUCUCAGGGCAGUUCACAACGUAAAAUCACAACAUAAAAACACAAAAUACAUAAUAAAAACGAAAACAACCCAAUAAACUCACCAACACAUUUUAAUAGGGCAUUGGAUGUCAAUCAGUCAAAGGCCUGGUUAAAGAAGAACAUUUUUGCCUGAUGGCCAAAGGUAUACAACAACAACAACAACAACAACAACAACAACAACAACAACAACAACAACAACAACAACAAUUUAUUAUUUAUACCCCGCCCAUCUGGCUGGGUUUCCCCAGCCACUCUGGAUGGCUUCCAACAGAAUAUUAAAAUACAAUAACCUAUUAAACAUUAAAAGCUUCCCUAAACAGGGCUGCCUUCAGAUGUCUUCUAAAAGUCUGGUAGUUGUUCUCUUUGACAUCUGGUGGGAGGGCGUUCCACAGGGCAGGUGCCACCACCGAGAAAGCCCUCUGCCUGGUUCCCUAUAACCUCACUUCUCGCAGUGAAGGAACCGCCAGAAGGCCCUCGGCGCUGGACCUCAGUGUCCGGGCUGGACGAUGGGGGUGGAGACGCUCCUUCAGGUAUACUGGACCGAGGCCGUUUAGGGCUUUCAAGGUCAGCACCAACUCUCUGAAUUGUGCUCAGAAAUGUACUGGGAGCCAAUGUAGGUCUUUCAAGACCGGUGUUAUGUGGUCUUGGCGGCCGCCCCCAGUCACUAGUCUAGCUGCCGCAUUCUGGAUUAAUUGCAGUUUCCGGGUCACCUUCAAAGGUAGCCCCACGUAGAGCGCAUUGCAGUAGUCCAAGCGAGAGAUAACCAGAGAAUGCACCACUCUGGCGAGACAGUCCGCGGGCAGGUAGGGUCUCAGCCUGCGUACCAGAUGGAGCUGGUAGAGAGGCCGCCCUGGACACAGAACUGACCUGCGCCUCCAUGGACAGCUGUGAGUCCAAAAUGACUCCCAGGCUGCACACCUGGUCCUUCAGGGGCCUAGUUAUCCCAUUCAGGACCAGGGAGUCCCCCACACCUGCCCGCCCCCUGUCCCCCCAAAACAAUACUUCUGUCUUGUCAGGAUUCAACCUCAAGCUGUUAGCCACCAUCCAUCCUCCAACCGCCUCCGGGCACUCACACAGGACCUUCACUGCCUUCACUGUUCUGAUUUGAAAGAGAGGUAGAGCUGGGUAUCAUCCGCAUACUGAUGAACACCCAGCCCAAACCGCCUGAUGAUCUCUCCCAGCAGCUGCAUGUAGAUGUUGAAAAGCAUGGGGGAGAGGACAGAGCCCUGAGGCACCCCACAAGUGAGAGCCCAACGGUCAGAAGAGUGACUAGUGGGGUGCCACAGGGUUCUGUCUUGGGCCCGGUCUUAUUCAACAUCUUUAUCAACGACUUGGAUGAUGGACUCAAGGGCAUCCUGAUCAAAUUUGCAGAUGACACCAAACUGGGAGGGGUGGCUAACACCCCAGAGGACAGGAUUACACUUCAAAACGACCUUGACAGAUUAGAGAACUGGGCCAAAACAAACAAGAUGAAUUUUAACAGGGAGAAAUGUAAAGUAUUGCACUUGGGCAAAAAAAUGAGAGGCACAAAUACAAGAUGGGGACACCUGGCUUGAGAGCAGUACAUGUGAAAAGGAUCUAGGAGUCUUGGUUGACCACAAACUUGACAUGAGCCAACAGUGUGACACGGCAGCUAAAAAGCCAAUGCAAUUCUGGGCUGCAUCAAUAGGAGUAUAGCAUCUAGAUCAAGGGAAGUAAUAGUGCCACUGUAUUCUGCUCUGGUCAGACCUCACCUGGAGUACUGUGUCCAGUUCUGGGCACCACAGUUCAAGAAGGACACUGACAAACUGGAACGUGUCCAGAGGAGGGCAACCAAAAUGGUCAAAGGCCUGGAAACGAUGCCUUAUGAGGAACGGCUAAGGGAGCUGGGCAUGUUUAGCCUGGAGAAGAGGAGGUUAAGGGGUGAUAUGAUAGCCAUGUUCAAAUAUAUAAAAGGAUGUCACAUAGAGGAGGGAGAAAGGUUGUUUUCUGCUGCUCCAGAGAAGCAGACACGGAGCAAUGGAUCCAAACUACAAGAAAGAAGAUUCCACCUAAACAUUAGGAAGAACUUCCUGACAGUAAGAGCUGUUUGACAGUGGAAUUUGCUGCCAAGGAGUGUGGUGGAGUCUCCUUCUUUGGAGGUCUUUAAGCAGAGGCUUGACAACCAUAUGUCAGGAGUGCUCUGAUGGUGUUUCCGGCUUGGCAGGGGGUUGAACUCGAUGGCCCUUGUGGUCUCUUCCAACUCUAUGAUUCUAUGAUUCUUAACACAUUCCCCACCACCCUCCAGCUUAUUGCACCCUCUUGCCUGCUUGCUUCUUCCCACAGAGUCUCCUUCUGCACCUUCCUGGCGCACGAAUACCCGGAUCUGGUCCACAAGGUGAUAAUGAUCAAUGGUGGCGGCCCCACAGCUUUGGAGCCCAGUCUAUGCUCCAUCUUCAACAUGCCCACGUGCGUCCUGCGCUGCCUCUCCCCCUGCCUGGCUUGGAGUUUCCUCAAGUGAGUAGCCAUCUUCCUUUUCGGGGGUCUCUGGGGGUCCCCAAGACAAAACACCAGUCCCCACAGAUCUGUCACUCUGCGUUCUUACUGAGUAUAGCAGGAGAUGAAAUACCACAAGACAGGAAAGAAAUUGUUCUUUUAUGCAACUGCAGCAGCCCGGUUACUCCUUGCAAAGAACUGGAAAGGGAAUUGUAUACCCACAAAAGAGAACUGGCCAUAUAAAUUAAUAGAAUUUAUAGAAUUGGCAAAAUUAACUGCGGCAAUAAGAUAUCAAACACAUCAGAAAUUAAGGUCACAAUGGUUGUGGUUCGAAGAGUGUAUGAGUAAAGGUAAAGGUAAAGGUACCCCUGCCCGUGCGGGCCAGUCGUGACCGACUCUAGGGUUGCGCGCCCAUCUCACUUAAGAGGCCGGGGGCCAGCGCUGUCCGGAGACACUUCCGGGUCACGUGGCCAGCGUGACGAAGCUGCUCUGGCGAGCCAGCACCAGCACAGCACACGGAAACGCCGUUUACCUUCCCGCUAUAAAGCGGUCCCUAUUUAUCUACUUGCAUUUUGACGUGCUUUCGAACUGCUAUGUGGGCAGGAGCUGGGACCGAACGACGGGAGCUCACCCUGUCGCGGGGAUUCGAACCGCCGACUUUACGAUCAGCAAGUCCUAGGCACUGAGGUUUUACCCACAGCGCCACCCGCAUCCUACCAGCGCCACCAGCGUCCCAACACUGCUCUAAAGAGAGUAAACACUGCUCUAAAGAUAGCAUGCUGAUAUGUUUAGACUAAGGUCGUAAAGCUGUCUUGAUAAUAUAAUAGUAUAUUAUAAGAAAUAAUGUAGUGGUACAUGAUUUGCAAUGUAAAUAAGAACUUGAAUGAAAAAAUGACAAGCACUGGUAGAGGGAAGUCACAAAGGUGUAUUAACAUCCACCUAUUUUAUUUACUUCUUAACUUUUUUCUUUCGUUUUUCUUCUUAUCCUUUCCCCCAUUUUUUAUUGUUAUUUUUUGUUGUUAUUAUGAUAUUAUGGUUGUAAGUGUAUGUGUAUUAAUGUUUGUAUGAAUGUCUAAUCAAAUCAAUCAAUCAAUCAAUCAAUCAAUCAAUCAAUCAAUUAAAAAAGACCUGCCACUCUGCAUUCCAUGGCUCCUGAGCAUGAUCUAUCCUCACUGGGCUGUUGAUGUGUGUGUGUGUAGCUUUUAUUUUUAAAGUACCGGCCCAUAGGGCGCACCUAGUUUUGGAGGGGGGAAAUAAAGGAAAAAAAAUAUUUCCCCCCCCCAGCCCCCAGAACAGGCUGCUAUCCGCAAGCCUUGGGAGCCCGGCAGGAACUCCCAAGGCUUGCGGAUAGCUUCCUGAAGCCUGGAGAGCAAGAGGGGUCGGUGAACACCGACCCCUCUCGCUCUCCAGGCUUCAGCGAAAGCCUGCAUUCGCCCCAUAGGAUGCACACACAUUUCCCCUUCAUUUUUGGAGGGGAAAAAGUGCGUCCUAUAGGGUGAAAAAUACGAUAAUUUCCUUUUGUGUCAUGUCUUUUUAUAGUCUAAGCCCUGGGUUUGCUUAUUUCCUUCUCCCUCCCGGAGUAUGUUCCUUUUGUGCCGUGUCUUUGUAUAUUGUCUUCACACACACACACACACACACACACACACACAUAUUAGUUUUUUUAACAUAUCAUUUUCAACAAUAAUUAAACAUACUUUUAUAUCUUAUACAAUUUUUUUGACUUCCAUCAAUCACAUCUGGAAAUUUUCCAAUCUAUUCACUUAAUAUACAUUUCUUACUUUCACUAUUACCUUUAAAUCUCAUAACUACUAUCUCUAUUCUUUCUCUACUUUGCAGUAUUUCAUAUAUUUCUCCUUACAAAACUUCUUGUAGUCCUACCAGCGUAAUUUGUUGAUUAUAGUUCUCUUCAAAUAAUUUGUAUAUUUCUUCCAAUCUUCUGUGAAUCUCUGGUCCCGCAGGUUUCGAAUCCUUCCUGUUCUUUUAUCUAAUUCUGCGUAGUCCAUUAAUUUUGUUUGCCAUUCUUCUUUUGUCGGAAUUUCUUUUUGCUUCCAUUUCUAGGCUAACAACACUCUUACCGCUCUUGUUGCAUAUAAAAACAAUUUAACAUCUUGUCUAUUAAUAUCCUCACCUAUAAUACCAAGUAGAAAUGCUUCUGGUUUUUUUAAGAAUGUAUAUUUCAACAUCUUUUUCAUCUCAUUAUAUACCAUUUCCUAGAAGUUUUUUUUACUUUCUUACAUUCCCACCACAUAUGAUAAAAUGUUCCUUCUUUUUCGUCUUUGUAUAUUGUCUUCAUUCCUUUUCUUUCUUUCACUGAUUUCUCAGCUGCCCCGGGAGCCUGGCGACGAAUCCUCCCAAGUAUUAAACGAAUAAAUAAAAAAAGAAUAAAUAUCCGUGCUGAAUUAACCCUGCCCGUUUGGCUCUGCUUGCAGGGCUGGCUUUGCCCGCCAAGGCGCCAAGGAGAAGCAGCUGCUGAAGGAAGGGAACGCCUUCAACGUCUCGUCCUUCGUCCUGAGAGCCAUGAUGAGCGGCCAGUACUGGCCAGAGGGGGAUGAGGUCUACCAUGCGGAGCUGACCGUGCCCGUCCUCCUCGUUCACGGCAUGCACGACAAAUUUGUCCCUGUGGAGGAGGACCAGCGGAUGGCUGAGGUAACGCUUUUGCAAACCUACCCUGAAUCCCUGUGAAAUCCCACUCCAAUCCCCUGCCUUUCUCCUUGCCCGGGAGUGUUCCUUACUGUAAAGGUAAAGGGACCCCUGACCAUUAGGCCCAGUUGCGGACAACUCUGGGGUUGCGGCGCUCAUCUCGCUUUACUGGCUGAGGGAGCUGCCGUUUGUCUGCAGACAGUUUUUCCGGGUCAUGUGGCCAGCAGGACUAAGCCGCUUCUGGUGAACCAGAGCAGUGCACGGAAAUGCCGUUUACCUUCCCACCGAAGCGGUACCUAUUUAUCUACUUGCACUUUUUGGUAUGCUUUCAAACUGCUAGGUUGGCAGGAGCAGGGACCGAGCAACGGGAGCUCACCCCAUCGCGGGGAUUCGAACCGCCAACCUUCUGAUCGGCAAGCCCAAGAAGGCUCUGUGGUUAGAUAAAGGUUCCCUGGACGGUUAAGUCCAGUCAAAGGGGACUCUGGGGUUGCGGCGUUCAUCUCGCUUUAUUGGCCGAGGGAGCCGGCAUACAGCUUCCGGGUCGUGGCCAGCAUGACUAAGCCGCUUCUGGCAAACCAGAGCAGUGCACGGAAACGCCGUUUACCUUCCCGCUGGAGCGGUACCUAUUUAUCUACUUGCACUUUGAGGUGCUUUCGAACUGCUAGGUUGGCAGGAGGUUUCUUACUGUAGAAUUCUGCAGAACAGCAACUUCACCUCUGGCCAGUGAAACGGGAUAAUGUUUUCUGGUGUGCCUCAGUGAACUUGAGUGCUGUUCAAUUCUAUGGUUAUAUAUGCCAGAAACAGGGAACUCUUAGAGGGUCAUAAGAACCUGACAUUUGCACCAGCUGUAGCCUAAGGCAAGCUGGGAGGUGCUUCACGCAGAAGUUUAGCAAGCCGCUCAGUGUAGUUCCUCCCCUCCUUUAAAAGUUUGGGGUGGGGCUUGGGGAAAGAGUGGAAGACCCUUUGGUGGGGACAGGUGAGGGGUGGGUGAGGUGUAAAAGGGCAGGUGAGGUGGGGAGCAAAUGGUAUAUUAUUAUUAUUAUUAUUAUUAUUUUAUUUAUACUCCGCCCAUCUGGCUGGGUUUCCCCAGCCACUCUGGGCAGCUCCCAAUUGAGUGUUAAAAACAAUACAGCAUUAAAUAUUAAAAACUUCCCUAAACAGGGCUGCCUUCAGAUGUCUUAUGCAGUGGUACCUCUGGGUGCGAACGGGAUCCAUUCCGGAGCCCUGUUCGCAUCCUGAAGCAAACGCAACCCGCAUCCGUGGGUCACGAUUUGCCGCUUCUGCGCAUGCGUGUGACGUUGUUUUGAGCGUCUGCGCAUGCGCAAGCAGUGAAACCCGGAAGUAAUGCACUCCAUUAUUUCCGGGUCGCCGUGGAGCGCAACCCGGAAAUACUUAACCUGAAGCUACUUCAACCCGAGGUAUGACUGUAGUAAUUAUUACUGUUAUAACAAGAGAGUUGAGAUGAGCCCUCUAAGCUUCCACGGAGCAGGGAACUGCCUUUCAAACCUUCUCCUGCCCCUUUCCUUCCCCCCCCCAGAUCCUGCUCAUCGCUUUCCUGAAGGUGAUUGACGAAGGCAGCCACAUGGUCAUGAUGGAGUGUCCGGAAACAGUGAACACCCUUUUGCACGAGUUCCUGUUAUGGGAGCCGGAGGCUGUCCCAGCCGCGGAUGGAACAGAAGCAGAGAAGAAAUAA